UGGGGGGUCGGACAUAGCAAAGGGCGGCGGGGAGGGGCUGGGCCCUGAGAGGCGGUCUGGAAAUGGAAUCUGUGAGGGGUGGGGCCUGAGGAGGCCGGAAAGCGGGGCGGCGGAGGAAGGGAGGCUCCUAGAGACCCCGGAAAAGAGCAGGAGUUGGGCGGGGCGGGGCAGGGGGAGCGGAGAGGUGCCGUUCCGCUCCCCUCCUCUCCGCCCCACUCCGGUGCAGGUGUUGCCAUCCCGGAAGGCCUGGAACCGGCUUACGGGGCCUGAGAAAGCUUGGCCAUGGCAGCAACGGCCGAGGGCGUCCCUGCCGCUCAGCGGGAGGGACUGAGUCGAGGUAAGGAAGGGACACCCCGGGCUCCUAGAAAGCCGUCGUGGGAGGUGUUUGAGGGGGCUCUAGGCGGGACAGGGCGGAGCUGGUCCGAGCUGAGGUGGCGGGGCGGGCAGGAAGGAAGCGGGAGGGGCGGGGCCCUGGCGUUGAGCCUGGCCUGCUCUUCCUCCUGCUCUGGUCGACUUCGCGUCGUCUUCGCCCAUCCUUCCCUCAUCCCUCUCUCCUUCCCCCUCCUCCUUUCCCCUUUCCCCUUUCCCUCUCCCCUCCUCUUUUCUCCUUCUCCCAUUCCUCCCCCCCCACCUCCCUUCCCCGGCCUAGAUGAUGCAGUGGUGGAGACAGCCGAGGAGGCUACAGAGCCCGCUGAGGCGGACAUCACUGGACUGUGCCAGGACAUGUUCUCCAAAAUGGCCACGUACCUGACUGGCGAGCUGACAGCCACCAGUGAAGACUAUAAACUCCUGGAAAAUAUGAACAAACUGACUAGCUUGAAGUAUUUAGAAAUGAAAGAUAUUGCAGUAAACAUAAGUAGGAACCUGAAGGACUUAAAUCAGAAAUAUGCAGCACUUCAACCUUAUUUGGAUCAGAUCACUUUAAUUGAAGAGCAAGUAGCUGCUCUUGAGCAGGCAGCCUACAAGUUGGAUGCAUAUUCAAAAAAACUAGAAGCAAAGUACAAGAAGUUAGAAAGGCGAUGAAAAUGGCCCAUCCCCCAAGAGCUGCAUACUUGGAUGGACUUCUCAGGCUCCUGUGCUUCAGCCCCACGGUGAUGCUGCCCCAGAGACGAUCUCAGCCCCAGCUUGAGUUGUCGAAGCUUGGUUCCUGGCUGUCCUGGAUGCUUUUCUAAACUGUACCCCAGGAUCUUGGUCCCAGCCCCCCACCCCUUCCCCCCUCUCACAUUGAUGUGUGCCCUGGACAAGGCUCAGCAAUCAGGAUCACCCCACCUGGAGCAGACCCAGAGAACUCAUCUGGGCUCUCUCCUCCCUGCCUUCCCAUCUACCCUGGACUCUUGUUCCCAGCGUUGCCCCCGCCCUUACUCAAUAACAAAUAAAAUGUCAGUAUAUCAUC